GCCGCUGCCUCGCGUUCCUCACCGGAGAUCCGUCUGCCCCCCUUCAGGGAAAUCGACGUGUCCGUAGCGCACCCUUCGGAGAUCGACUUCGUGAAGAAAAGUAGCGCAAGAUCAGCGGAGACAUGGUGGAAAAGCAGCUAUUCACGCGGGCCGAGGUCGCAAAAACCAACGACAAGGACAAAGUCCUUUUCAUCUUGCACGACAAAGUAUACAACGUCCGCAGCUUCCUGAAUGAGCAUCCGGGUGGCGAGGAGGUGCUGCUGGAUCACAAAGGCAUGGACGGCUCCGAGGACUUCGACGACGUCGGGCAUUCGAAAGACGCGAUGGAGCUGAUGAAGAAGUAUCAGGUCGGCGUGCUCGUCGAAUCGGAAAAGACGAACAAAUCGCCGAAGAAGGGCUGGGUGGCGGGAUAUUCCAACGCGACGAAGACAGAAAAGUACGUUAAAGGACCUGGUGUGCCUUUCUAUCUACUCAUGGGCGGAAUCGCGCUCGUGGUGGGCCUCUUUUUCUAUGCAUAUUAAUCGAUCGGCCGAAAUGAAUACACGCGAGAACGCGCUGGAUGUGUGAUAAUGUGAUGUGUGAUAUAAAACGAAAGAAUAAUCUUGUAUGCCUCUCCACGACCUGGUAUCAAAGCGUAUCUAAAUAAUUAACUUCUUUUUCGAGAGAAAAGUUUUACUCUAUAUAUGUGUUAAACUCCGUUAUACAUAUAUAAAUCGAUAAUAUCCGAUUAAUGUUAAUGUUGUCAAUAUCGGAACAUAGUUAAUUACAGUGGAAUAUUUCUUAUUGCGAACAAUAAAUUAGAAUUAACUGCUGAGACUAUAUGUAGAAACGUGAACUCUCUUUAAUUAAAGUACCUAUAUUUCCAAUGGAUUAACUUUAAUCAUUAAUAUUUUAACUGCACGUCUAUAUCUGGGUGACGAGUAAAUUUCUGUAAAGACCCCUGUUACUCAUUUGUGACAGCUUUUUAUCUAAGAAUAAUUUUACUACUUACGACAUUAAAAAUAUGUAAAUUGUAUUAAGAUAUUUAAAAACUUCUAAGCUAUUAAAAUAAUAUACGUAUAGAUUCAUUACGUUACAAGUAACGUUACAUAAUGACUAAGCAACACAAGUGUUAUCUGAUGACUCAUCUUGUCCAUAAUAUUAUUCUCUCUACACAAGGAAUUUGCUUUAAUUCAAAGCACCCUGCAAAUCAUACGCGAAUCGGACAAAACACAUUAGUAGUAUAUCUACGAUUUUAAAAUAUUCUUAAGAAUCAAAUGUAUUAAUAUAUGUAUUUUAUUUAAUUUUGAAUUUAUGAAACCAUAAUCGAUAAAGUGUUGAGAAAAUUUUUACGUACCUUAAUAUACUUCAAAAUAUUAAUUUUUAAUUAAAUGUCAGCGAAAAAUUUGAAAAAUUACUAAAUGAUCGAAGUAGAUUAGAGCAGUGCGUGCAAAGCUAAGAAAACUAAGAAAAUAUUGAAAUGUAUUGGAUUUAUCUUAUCAAUUCAACGAAUUGUUUUUUACAACAAUAUCUACAUGUUUGUAAGUUCAAUGUUUCUACAAAUUUCUCAUCGUUACAUUUCGAGCUAAAUAAUCGCUUCUAUUGUAUAAGUUUUGAAAUUUAUCGCUCCUACUUUGUUUGCUUUUUACAAUUAGAUAAGUUAAUAAUAAAUAAGAAUAUAAAUGCGUCCAUAUAAUCUUAUCUAAAUAUAUAUUUCUACUGGCGAAUGAUAAAGCCGUUGUUAAUUUUCAUGCGAUACAAAGAGGAGGUUUUGUUUUCAAACAUUUAUACAAAUUUCCAUCCCGAAAUAAACUACGAUAGUCCACUUUCUAUUCUUGCGAAUUGUUGUAAAACGAUACGUAAAGUAAACCACCAAAGAGGUCGCGAGUUUUCACAAUCCAGCGGGCGUUUUUCCGCAAAAACAUACGGACGGCUGAAUCGCGAAUGUUUGGAGACAACUAAUUGCGAGAGUUAAAGCAUUUUAAUGAAGGGAACCAAGUGCCAGCUGGUUAACUGGAGUGUAAGAAUUUAACGACACGCGAGUGCGCCAUGUGAAAUCGAGAAGGAGGGAAAGAACGUGGGAGAAUCGACAGAAUCCAUUCAAGGCUGAAGAAUAAUACCUACAUAUGUUAUUCGCGAAUAACGCAUACGUUUUAUCCAGCGGAGCAAUAUAAACAAUAAUUGUGCCUUUUACGCAUUGCCUAUAUUACAUUGUACCGAGUGAAAGUCGCUUUUCGAGCACGAGCGCGUGAGAUAUAUUAUUUAAAUAAGAGUUUCCAUUGUAUUCGCAAUUGGUCUGAUCCGCUUGUUAAGCGUUCCACGUAAUUGUCGUACGACUAUCGACACUAAUUGUAACCCAGGGCGGACGUUACCCGCCCGCGGCCGUCCACGUGUCGGCGUUUACACGCCCGGCCAUCCGGGGGUCCGUCGCUUUUCCGAACAAGUGGUGGAAAGUGGUCGCAUUGUCGCACCGCCACGUCCGACCACCCCCGUCAACUUCGCGCAUCCAUGCACGCGUGUUGGAACUCGCGGGAGGAGGCACGGAGGAGGGACGGUGACAUAUGUGGAAAACCACAUAUCCUUCCUGUCAACCGUCGGCCAUCUGCUUUACAUACCGACUUCCGGCGCCGGCGGAAACUUUGAAACGCACCCAACCCCCCGGCUUCUCUGGGUCGCGGGCUUCAACUCUCAUAAUUCUAUCUUUCUCUCUCUCUCUCAUAACUCCGUGCUUUUCGUUUCCUUCCCUUUCUUCCUUUCUUCUUUUCACUUUCGUGUAUCUCUCUCCUCUUCUCUCCGCGAAUUCUUCGACGUUGCGCAAGCAGACGAUGACGAUCUCGCAUGUGUUGGAGACCCUGUACCAUAGUAUAGUAUAACUACAAUAAUAUGCCCACUCUGUCAUUUGUUUUGUUUCGCGUCGAUCCUUCCUGCGCGGCCGCCAUCUUUUUGGUGCAGCCAAUGAGACGGGUGUUGUAUAUGUGGUAGUGCGAAAUCGGUGCGACUGGAUUUUAUACCAAAAACAUGGCGGAAUACCACGUGAUCGAAACCGAAUCAGGAUCAAAGGACCGCCAGAGAGUGGGCAUACUGGUUAGCAGUAAACGUAUAUUCGUUUUCAAAAACGAGAUUUUUACAUCUUGUAAGUCAGGUUGACAAGUUGUCAAGUUCUAUUUAGUAUGGUAAACGGGGUGACGUCUAGAAUUUUACAGAUCUGCCGUAAAAUGUUUGCCCCUUAAGCUAAUAAUAGUCACGAACGGUUGACUGAGAAAAGUCAAGGUGUGGUGCUGACGUCAAGUCGAGCGGGAAACUUGAAGGGAAAAACUUUCGAGUGACUCCCCUGUAAAAUUCAAGUUUCGUGACUUAACGCAGUUUACCUCUGAGGCACUGAUACGAAAACCACAAGAUUGUUUUGUGUUUCGCUCGCAACACUGUGCUUUCGCUCGCCCACGAUGCUCUAGACACGAUGGGGAAAGCAGUAGGAGAAAAAAAAAUCGCCACCGGUGUAAUUAAGUAAAUGAAACGAAUUAAAACAGCCAA